AUGUCUGGGACUGUACGUAUCAACUACCCAUUUACGAAAGUAGAGCACCUCUCUAACAAUCCCACAAGGCCCCUGGAAAACGCUGCCCUACUUGCCAGGGCAAGGGUCAAGAAGUCUGGGUCCUACCCGGACGAGACUGUCCAUACUGCGGAACUUACGUUGCCUGAAUCGAACAACCUCAAGCAUGGGCCGACGGCGGAGCUCUGCUCUGCGCAACGACCAUCGCAAUAUCAUUUCUCAAUUCCUUUCUCUGCAUGCUCUUUGGAGCAUAACGAAUCAAUUUUGACCUUGUCCUUGUCGACCGCAUGGGCUAUCGAAUUCACUAAAAUCUAG